CUCUACGGUUCGCAAGGUAAAACUCGACAAAAUCGAAGCCAUGGAUCACGACCACUCGAAAAUGCCCGUUUAACUUUUGAAGAUAUUGAAGAUGCCUGGUCUCGUGUCAUGUCCUCAUGUUGUCUCUCUGUCUCUCCCCAGAUGCCUGGUCUCGUGUCAUGUCCUCAUGUUGUCUCUCUGUCUCUCCCCAGAUGCCUGGUCUCGUGUCCUGUCCUCAGGUUGUCUCUCUGUCUCUCCCCAGAUGCCUGGUCUCGUGUCAUGUCCUCAUGUUGUCUCUCUGUCUCUCCCCAGAUGCCUGGUCUCGUGUCCUGUCCUCAGGUUGUCUCUCUGUCUCUCCCCAGAUGCCUGGUCUCGUGUCCUGUCCUCAGGUUGUCUCUCUGUCUCUCCCCAGAUGCCUGGUCUCGUGUCAUGUCCUCAGGUUGUCUCUCUGUCUCUCCCCAGAUGCCUGGUCUCGUGUCAUGUCCUCAGGUUGUCUCUCUGUCUCUCCCCAGAUGCCUGGUCUCGUGUCAUGUCCCGGUGGUCUGAUAGUCAUUGGUCUCCUCUUCCUCCUUUCCUCCUCCUCCGUGAACACCCAAUCAGAGAUAUGGACCAAUGAAGUUUCAGAUGUCCAGUACGGGAGGCUAGGGUCCAACGUCACGCUGCUGUGUAGAGACGCACUGGACAGGACGUCAGUGGAGUGGCGUCUGAACAGGAGUUCCAUGUUGCCAUGGCAGCACCGAGUGACAUCAGACGGUCAUCUGGUCCUUGUGCAUGCAGAACACGCUGCCGAGGGUAACUACAGCUGCCAUGACGAGAAGGGACUCGUCAUCCAGACUAUCAGACUCAGGCUAGGAUAUCCCCCCGGGCUGCUCAGCAUUUCCUGUCAUGUGCCCAAUCACAGCCUAGUAUUGUGUUCAUGGGUGGAGUCUGUGAAGACCCACCUACCAGCCCUGUACCACACCUCCUAUAGGGGUAAUAAGAGCCAGGUGAGGAUGUGUGUGGUGUCGUCCCCUCCCCAGAAGCAGUGCACCAUCACAGACCCUACCAUGUGGCAGCUCUACCACUACAUCAACAUCACCGAGACCAACCCUCUGGGGUCACAGACCACCAUCAUACAGGUCAAGUUCCAUGAGCUCUUGCAGCCAGACCCCCCAGAGGCAGUAACAGCAGUGGGGAUGGUAGGAUAUCCCAUGAGGCUCCAGGUGUACUGGACGUACCCUGCUUCCUGGCUCCACGACGCUGUGCCCUUCCCCCUCCGUUUCCAGCUCCGCUACCGUCCUGUAGGAUCCAGCAUCUGGUCUACCGUGGAGUCUAAGGCCAGAUCCCUGCUAAUAACCGACGCCCUUGCAGGCUUCGCCCACCAGCUGCAGGUGAGAGCCCAGGACGAAAUCAACCCAGACAGCCAGUGGAGUGACUGGAGCCCCCUGCUGCAGACCUGGCCAUGGAGCGGUUGCACAGCAGAUCCAACUGAACAAACCGUCCCUGUAGACGACAAUGACAAAGACACAAAGCCCUCUACAGCAAACACCAAGUCAGAGAAUUCGGAGGAUGAUGGUGGUAGUCUGGGAGUGGUGAUAUUUCUGGUGCUGUUUGCUGUCAUCAUCAUAGCCUUGUUGUUCUCUCUAUUUGUCCUCAUGUGGGUGAGGCAAUGGAGGCGGGACAACGUGACACGACAGGAUCUGACCUCCAUGUUGAAGAUGAAGUCCUGCAUAUCUGAACCUAGGUUGGCCCGUCCUCUCCACCAGGCCAUACCAUAGACUCACCACGCUGCCAACAACCCAUCUGGAGUGAGUGCUUGGCCUGGUCGCUGCCUGCCGAUAGACAGACAUGAUGGACCGACUGACUGACUCCUCCCACUGGAGUUGAACCUCUUCUGAUUGGUUGUGGGCCUCAGUGACAGUACAGCACCAGUAAACAUGAAGUCAAAGGAAGGAGGGAUUAGUAUCUGUCUGUCUCCUCCCCUGACUGACUGAACAAGGUUCACAUUGUGUUCCUGACGAUGGUCCUUUAUUCAUUUCACUCAUAUUGUGACCAUUGGAAUGCUGAAGGAGAAGAAGAGACAGAGUUUUCCAAUUUGCUAAAGCAAAAAGUAUUACCGAUUUAUGUUGGCAAUAUAGACAGGUUAUAGACAGGUUAUAAAGAGGUUAUAGACAGAUUAUUGAGAGGUUAUAGACAGGUUAUAAACAGGUUAUAGACAGGUUGUCAUUCACUUGACUUCAGCAGAAGAAGAGAGGGAACACUCUGCAAGGCUUCUGCUAUUGGUCAUUGGAUGAGAAAGAGGAGUCCUGUCAUUUCCACGCUGACCAGUCACAGACAGUGUCAGGAUGAUGUCAUAACUUAAUGUGGGUAUGUGGGUAGCUUGAGGUCACAUUGGUCUGGGAACAGUUAUGCUCUCCCCCCGACCCCCACCAGAAGUGAUGUGGCCCCACCUGGGCAAGAAGACCUGAAGUGGUAACUGACGUCGUCACCCAUUAUGAGCGGUCUCUACCACUUCAGAUACAAGCAGCAUGACAUCAGUUCACCUCCGUCCCAUGUCACAACAUCACACGGCAUUAUUCUGCUCUAAUGACAGUGACAGCGAUGUUAUUCGUUGGUUCUUUACAUCGCUGUGUCGUCAUGGGAAACACCAGGUGCCUUUACUCAAAGUGAAAGCCUCCGCUGGGUGUCUUUUUGAUGGACUGUGCGGUUCUCUCCAGCUAGCAGCUAUGCAUGGAUCCUAUUGGCUUCUUCUGUGUUCUGUCGUAACCAACAGCAUUAAAUGUAGUUCACGUAUAUAUUCUGGUGUUUUUAGAGGUUGUUCCACUGUGCACCGUUCCCCAGUCAAUGAUAUGAAGCUCUAAUGCAGUCGAUGUCCCAGUGUGUUCCUCUACAUCCCAAAUGGCACCCUGUGCCCUAAAUACAGUGAGCUCCAAAAUAAUUGGGACAGUUGACAUUUUUAUUGUUGGAUGCAUUUGCUAUUUGUUUUGGUUGUGUUUCAGAACUUUUACCCAAUAAUAACGAAUGGUAAAUAAUG